UCCGGGCCGGUGCGUCGCCUCACCGACUCUCCACGCCACCCGAUAUCUCUCCUCAUCUCAUACUCAUCUCGUAGUUCAGCCUUAAGGACCCAAAUCUAGACAAUAUGAGGGAAUGCAUCUCAGUCCACAUCGGCCAAGCCGGAGUUCAGAUCGGCAAUGCCUGCUGGGAGCUGUACUGCCUCGAGCACGGCAUCCAGCCUGACGGCCAGAUGCCUUCAGACAAGACCCUGGGGGGAGGAGACGACUCCUUUAAUACCUUCUUCAGCGAAACCGGCGCGGGGAAGCAUGUGCCAAGAGCUGUUUUUGUGGACCUGGAACCUACCGUAGUCGAUGAAGUCCGCACAGGCACCUACCGGCAACUCUUCCACCCAGAACAACUCAUCACCGGCAAGGAAGAUGCGGCCAACAACUACGCGCGCGGCCACUACACCAUCGGCAAAGAGAUAGUUGAUGUCGUCCUCGACAGGAUCAGGAAGCUGGCUGACCAGUGCACUGGGCUGCAGGGUUUCCUGGUUUUCCACUCGUUCGGCGGCGGCACCGGCUCUGGGUUCACGUCGCUGCUCAUGGAGAGGCUCUCCGUGGACUACGGCAAGAAGUCCAAGCUCGAGUUCUCCAUAUACCCCGCACCCCAGGUAUCAACAGCUGUGGUGGAGCCAUACAACUCGAUCCUCACCACGCACACCACUUUAGAGCACUCGGACUGCGCGUUCAUGGUAGACAACGAGGCCAUCUAUGAUAUCUGCCGCCGCAACCUGGACAUCGAGAGACCCACCUACACUAACCUUAACAGGCUCAUUGGACAGAUCGUGUCCUCAAUCACGGCAUCUCUCCGUUUCGACGGCGCGCUCAACGUCGACCUGACGGAGUUCCAGACCAACCUGGUGCCCUACCCGCGCAUCCACUUCCCGCUGGCGACGUACGCGCCGGUCAUCUCGGCCGAGAAGGCGUACCACGAGCAGCUCACCGUGGCUGAGAUCACCAACGCCUGCUUCGAGCCCGCUAACCAGUUGGUGAAAUGCGACCCACGUCACGGCAAAUAUAUGGCGUGCUGCAUGUUAUACAGGGGAGAUGUGGUGCCAAAAGACGUGAACGCUGCCAUCGCCACCAUCAAAACAAAGAGGACAAUCCAGUUCGUGGACUGGUGCCCUACAGGUUUCAAGGUGGGCAUUAAUUACCAGCCUCCAACAGUGGUGCCGGGCGGAGACCUCGCCAAAGUCCAGCGCGCUGUGUGCAUGCUGUCCAACACCACUGCCAUCGCGGAAGCGUGGGCCAGACUUGACCACAAAUUCGACCUGAUGUACGCAAAGCGUGCUUUCGUCCACUGGUACGUCGGUGAGGGUAUGGAGGAAGGAGAGUUCUCAGAGGCUCGUGAGGAUCUGGCUGCCCUGGAGAAGGACUACGAGGAAGUGGGCGUGGACUCCACUGAGGGGGAGCUGGAUGAAGAGAACGAAUAUUAGGAUAGGACCUUUAAAUAUUUUUUGCUACUAAAAUACCAAGACAAGACACCAAUUUCGUAUGCGACAAACUUAGUUUUUGAUUCAGGAUGGGCUUGCACUUGACGUCAAUCAGGAAUGAAUAAAAUAAAGAAGGAAAAGACGUUAAUUUAAAAAUUAUGCCCAAAAGUAAGUUAUCCUGGCGCCACAACCACUAUUUAAGCUAUUUAAACUAAGGCCCCAAGCAAAAGAAGCAUCGGAAUAAGGCACAAUCCAUGCAUAGUCAGACAACCCACACUUGGCCAGCUAUGGCCUAAACCCUCCUCUUUCUCAGUACGCGGCGAUGGGUUGAGAUCAAAUUGAUUAUGAACUAAACCAAUGUUAUCAUCAAGCUUCUUCAUAAUCAUAAUUCAUAAAACACGGGCCAGAAAAAAUAUUAAUGCAGCAAAAUUGGUGUCUCUGUCUACAGCAUCUAUAGCAUAGCUAGUCUUUGUAAAUUGUGACAUCUUUUAAAUUCCUACCAUUUUGGUAGAAUUUUAAGACCUAUCUCUAUUUAUUUAACAAAGUGAUU